AUAGUCAACGUUCUUGCCUCAAAUAACAAAGAGAGAAAGACCAAAGGAGACGAAGAAGAAAUCCGAAGAGGGAAGUGUUUUGUUGUUCAACCAUUUCCUAGUUUGCUAACUAGCGACGAUUAGGUCUUAAAUAUCAGUAUCAGGAUCCAGGGUUAAGAUGAACCUCGAACGGCUUCCGAAUGAGGAGAAACUCAGCCUAUGCAGGAAAUAUUAUCUAGGGGGUUUUGCAUUUCUCCCAUUUCUGUGGCUCGUCAAUGUCGUUUGGUUUUUCCGUGAGGCUUUUGUAAAGCCAGUCUACAACGAACAGCUCCAGAUUAAGACCUAUGUGAAGCGGUCAGCAUUGGGGUUACUGCUUUGGACGGCAGUUCUCACAACGUGGAUUACUAUUUUCCAGCAUUUCAGAGCAGAGUGGGGAGAGGUGGGAGAUUACCUCUCUUUUACGAUUCCACUGGGCAUUCCUUGAGACAUUUUUUGACAGCAGAUCUUUUGAAAACAAUGAUCUACUAAUAGGCAAAAAGAAAUGUUCCUUUUUUAACUACAGUGUAAGACUUUGGUAAAUACAGUAAACAUAGAAAUCAAAAGCCAUGUUCUUCAAAGAUGCAUGCUUUAGAAAUUCCUGCUUUCAAGGAAUUUGAGAAUAUCCUUUGGUUGAAGUGUAAGCUAAUCAACCCUGCUGACAAUGUUAUCUAUUAAUGUGCAUUCAGGUUAGUUCACUGAACAAUACUCCAGGCAACCUUUUUUUCCUGACUAAAAAAUCUCAAUAAUUCUGUAUGAUUGUGCACCCAAAAAGUAUUUUGUACUUGUAUAUGAUGAAUAAAAAAAGUCACAAAGCUA